AUGGCCAUUACAGAAUGGUUAAAUCGUGCGGCAAUCUUCAAUAGGGACGUCUUGUACGAUGCACUCGAGAAGAGACCGAAACACAGACCCCUCAUCACCGUUGCUAACCACAUCUCAUGCUUCGAUGAGCCAUUGCUAUGGGGGAUGCUGCGGAUGAGGCACUACGUCAACACAGAACUGAUGCGCUGGUCGGCGUCCGCAGCAGAGAUAUGCUUCGACAAGUACAGACACAGGCUCUUGUUCUCUCUCGGUAAGAGCGUGCCGAUCGUGAGAGGGGACGGUGUGUAUCAGCGCGGCGUCGACUUCAUGUUAGAGAAGCUGAACGAAGGAAGAUGGGCUCACAUGUUUCCCGAGGGAAAAGUGAACUUGACUAAAGAAGUGAUGCGUCUUAAAUGGGGUGUUGGAAGAUUAAUAUCCGAGUGCAAGGUGUCGCCCAUAGUCAUUCCAAUAUGGAUCACAGGCAUGGAUGACGUCCUACCGAACAAGUCUCCAUAUAUUCCAAAAUAUUUUAAGAAGGUGACGAUUUACGUCGGGGACCCGAUGGACUUUGAGGACGUUCGUCUGAAGAUGACGUCCAACGAUGGUCCGAUGGAACAGCGGAAACUGAUCACAGACAUGAUUCAAUGCGAGUUUGCUAGAAUGAAGCCGAUUGCAGAGAAGCUGCACAUAGAGGGAGGCGGAGUAGUACCGAAACCCACCGAGCAAACGUAACAACGUGGCAGCACUAGUUAAUCAUCUACACAAUUUUAUCUUAAUUAGUUAUCUAUUAAGACAAGUUAAUUAACUAACAGACGUACAAGAUAAUUAAUUAACUAAUUAAUUAUCUUGUACGUCUUAUACUGUUAGUUAAUUAUCGUGACCGUCUUUCGCGUAAUCGACCCAGUUUUUAUUCGUGUCCGAAGAAUUGGAGAUCUGUGAUAAACUCCGCGCUAGUCAGCAUCCAAUUCUGUUUUCGUUGUGAUUCAUCUAUUUGUUAACGACGCUCGGUGUCGAUCUAACGUGUUUGCGUUGUUUAUUACAUAUAUUUACGAGAUGUCUAACGUCCAAUCUUCAUCGUGGCGGACGUACGAUGCACUAGCAAGUCGCUUGGCAACUUGUAAAAACUGCCAGGCAGAAGCGAUUGUGGAAUAGAAAAUUCUUAUAUGUUUGUCUCGCUGGGCGUCACGAUUUUAGCUGUCGAAGAAUAUAAGCAGAAAUGUUUUACCGGCAAAAA